AAUCAACAAGAGACGCUUGUCCCAACAUAGACAGAGUCAUGCACUUUACUCAUUACCUAAUAAUAGCUCUUAAAAGUUUUAGGUGCUAGCGCGUUUGGUCUUUAUGAGCUAAUAGUUAUAGCGCAUUAUGAUAAAUACCCAUGCCCUACCCCCUUCUUCGUUAUUACAAUCUUUUACUUUCGCGCCAGUGUAUGUGAGUUUCAUGCGCAUCGCAUCCACAUUUUUUGAUAUCGCGCCACGGGAGGUACACAUAGGCAAGCAUCGGACUUAUAUUGGCGAUUUAAGACGGAAGUGUCCUCGUUCUCGGAUUUCUGAGCUCUGAGUUGCGAUACCAUAUUCGCGCGUCAACAGUUUGCUACAAAAUCCGUUAUUGCGCGCUCAGCAGACGCGCCACAUCAACCAAAGUUAAAUAUGCCAAGCCCGGAAGAUGUCGAGAUGGGAAACUCAUCGUCCUCAUCCUCGGAUAUUCGAGAAGUCGAGAUGGAAGAUGCAGGUUCUUCUUCAGAGGAAGCUGUCGAGUCUGCUCAGCCCGAAAGUACAACCUCAAAGGGUCACAUGACGUCUGAAGAGCGAGGCAAGAACGACAAGGAUGAGUCUAGCAACAUCAAUGGAGGCCAUGAAUCGGAAGCACUUUCAUCCAGUGUCGAAUCAAAGUCUGGAGAGAUUAGCCGCGACCAAGAAAUGACAGAAAGUUCAGCAGACGUAGACCCAGAAAUGCCUGUGGUCGAGGCCGAUGAGAGCAACUCGCCAGCCACUGCGGACGAGGAUAUGACUUCUCCAGCAGUUGAAGCACCGCCACAGGGCAAUGCAGCAUUACCAAAAAGUCAGCGCGAUCCCCAAACUGACGUUGAAUCGCCUACCGCCAGCCAAACAAUCAAAUGGGACAAGCAGAUUGCAAGGUUGAAUGAAGUUCUAGCCGAGAUAUCUCCCGAGGCUGCUCAAAAAGUGUUGAAGGAUAAGUGGCGUUUGUUUCUGUUUGAGAAUUAUGAUGAAGCCCACAUCGCUUUCAUCAUUCGAGCUGGACUGAAAAAUGCAAAUGCAGCUAUCGUGGAGAGAGUCCUGAAGGAUGACGGGGUCUUCAAAGAUUCGCUUCUGAAACAUGCAGCCAAGAAGCCCGGAUUUUUGGACAAGAUACUGAAGAAUACACCGGUGGAGACGAUUGCAGACCACAUUCCUGAACAAGCCCUGGAUUAUAUGAUCGCCGAGAGAUUCAAGACUGUGCCGGGCAAGACCUUGAUCAAAUGGCUUGCAACUGCUGAACGACUCGGCUACAAAGAAGACGACAUUCUCGAUGAGGAAGACGAGUCGGUUUCUCCCAAUGUGCCAAGUCGAGAUCGAAGUGUCGAGGUUCUUGAUGUUGCCCCAAUUCCCACAUAUCAGCAGCCUACUCCACAAUAUCACCAGCCAUACCCUCCUCAGCAACCGUUAUAUCAACCACACUUAGCCAGUUCAUACAAAGACCCACUCCUUAUGGAACAAGAGCGGCAGGCGAUUCUCAACACGCAGCAAGCACAACAUGUUCAAGCUGCGAUUGCACGAAGUGCUCAAAGUGCCCAGGCCUCUUCAAAUCGUAGAGCACCAUCUUCGACAAUCCUACCCCCAGGUCCUGGUUCGAAUUUCGGUCCUGUUGCAGCUAUGACUCGUCAGGAACAACAUGUUCGAGUGCAAGCUCAACCAACGGGCCCAUUGAUUUGCAAUAACUGCCAUCGAUCCUUUCUUUCUGGGGCAUUUGAUGGCUACACAUACCAUAUAACCAAGAAAGUUUGCGAAAAGAUAGCACCUGUAGGUGGAUACAAGUGGCAGUGUUUAAAUUGCCUGUCUGGAUUUACCACCAAACAAGGACUGGAUUACCACAGUCUUCGAAGGGUUUGCUUUGGUGGAGGAUUUGCGCCUCCGACGCCAGUACCUGUCUCAACCUCUGUUGGACCACGCACGUUGCCUCCACCAGUGAGCUCUGGAGUAUCGCAGCUACCUCGAACAGCAUCGACGCCGAUUCUACCACCUCCACGACCGCCGUUAUACGCCCCUCCACCUCCAUCUCAGGCACCCCAGUCACAUAAUCCCCAAGUCGUAGCAUCAAGCCAAUCAGCGCGACCAAUUGCCCAAACGCCACAACCGCCCGUCCAAAUCCCGAGACCUCCUUUAGCAACGCCUCGUGGCCCUGGUCGUCCAAAGAAAGAGGAGCCCAUCCGGCAUUCCCCAUCUGAGCUGACGCCAGAGAAGCGAGCAUCUCUCGAGAAGGCAUUACAAGACGCAGAAGCUGAGGCUGCUCAAAAGAUAUCUAAAAUCCCAUCAGAUUUGCCGGCAGAUGAGCGUCAGCGGCGUUUAACCUCUAUCAAUAAUGCGAAUGCUACCAAGAAAAGUCAGAUCCGUCGAGCCCAUGGUGUCAGUCUUCGUAUGCGAGAGAAGGAUAAGAAGGCUCGUGCCGCAGCUGGUAUCUCUCCAUCGGCUACGUCCAGAAUCCAAGAAUUCAGGGCAAGCAACUCUCCAGCCGGUUCUCCCCCUGCCUCAUCUUUCUCACCUAUCAAUGGCAACACCGCGACCUAUAGCGGCCCCCCGCAACCAGCUACCGCCUACCGGCCACCACCCCCAAGUGCUGCAAAACGAGUGUUCAAUCCGAUGUCAUCUCAACCCUCGGGUCAUGACGUGCCGCUCACUCACGCUCGCCAGCAAGAUACAUCUACCCCAUCCGGUUUUGGCGUUCUGAAGGCUUCAACGCCUUCACACAUCACGCCUACUUCGUACGCAGCAUCCUCCGCCUUAGCUACUUACCAAGUCAAUAAUAAGCGGAAGCAUGGAUCCCAAGAGCCAAUCGGCAGCCAAAACGGCACGCCCCAACUCUCUAUGAUGGAAGUCUCGACUGAGGACGCGGCGGCGAAGUUCGCAAAAGGCUACCAAAAGAAACUGGCUGAUCGCGAGCGAGAGGACCGUGAAAGGAGCAAGAGCAAAGACAAAGAUACCGCUAUGGCCGAUGUACCGAAUGGUGAAGGAUCGCGGAAUGAGGCUGCGAUCGAUAUCAGCAGUGACAGCGAAGACGUGGAACCUCCUCCCAUGAAGUCUGUUGAGGGUGAUGGAGAAGAGAGUGAAGGAGCGAGUAAGAGAGCGGUGGGUGGUAAUAUGGCACGGAGAGGAGGUAAGAAUUAGCCUUUUCACGGGCCUUGCGUUGUUCGUAUGCAUUGAACUCGGAUUGCUUUGACGAGGAGUAUGCUGCAGAGGAGUUUACAGGCUGGCUUCUGGAUCGAAGUUGGUUAUACGGCCUUCCUCCUUGCGUUUUACGUUUGGCAUUUUGCGUUAUUCUUCUUCAAGAUAUAUUCUUUGAGUGGCGCGCUAACUUCAAUUCUCUCCAGAGGAUGAGAGUACCGGAGAAGGCAGUGAUUGAAUAUACCCAAGGGACGAGGCGAAGGAUUGUAUGAAACAUGGAUAAUGAGCGAAAUUCAGGGGCGUUGAUGGAAGCGUAUCAUGAGCGAUUGAAGCAUGGCUCACGCCUCAGGAUAGAUUAUGGGCAUGGAUAAUUAAUACAGAGCGUGGUUGACUGUUGACGAAGCCUACGAUCAGUCUCUUAACACCCAAGUUCAGAGAAAGCUCCGUCAUGGAGAUGAGUUGCCAUGCCCAAUGAUCUGUGAUGAUUGUAGAUGAAGUGACGCUGAGUUGAACGGCGAGGCUUCUGCGGAUGCUAGGCUUGAUUUAUGAAUGUUUGGAUUCAAAUGUCCAUGCCUCGCUUAGUCUGAGCCGCAUAUAAACGUUGUACCUUCUAAUCCUCAUCCAGGACACGUCGCUUCAAAACCUGUCAUUUGGAGUAGUUGAGCAGUAU